UGGUUUCCAGUCACAGUCACGGAGUCGAGCCCGGCACUCAAUCAGUUGCUCACUUGGCUGCGGCACUCUGAAGGCAACAGAACAGACGCAUCCUCGUAUCCAUCCUAUUCCGGAGAGAUGGCAUGGCUACCGAGUAGCUCCAAUGGGGCGGACAACGCAGACGAACGGAGCACGGCCUCGAGCGGUUCCUCCGGACACAGCCAAACCAACGGAUCCCCACGUUCCGGACACGUAAAUGGCAACGGAGUUGUCCGGGACAUCGGCAGACAGCCGCCCGCCCUUCUCCGCCAUGCCACGCCCCAUCUGCAGCCCAAGACGGAGUCCGUUUCCGACGGAGACGGCGACGCGGAGCUCUCCGACUUCUCCCUCAACGACACCGAGGAGGACGAGGAGGAUCUGCGGGACUACAUCGUGCUCAAUGGCAACCAGGCGGAUGGCAGUCGUUCGCUGUCCAGUUCCCCGCGGAGUCACUCCCGCAACGGAUUGCUGACCGCGCCACCCAGCUCCGGAAGUUCUGCCGGCGGAGGCGGCGGGGGCGGAAACGCCUCCUCUUCCGGAGGGAAUGCCAGUGGCGGGGCCGGAGGAGGAGGAGCCACCGGCGGAGUACGCAAGGUGUUCACCAACACCAGGGAGCGAUGGCGCCAGCAGAACGUGUCCGGCGCUUUUGCGGAACUGCGCAAGCUGGUGCCCACUCAUCCGCCGGACAAGAAGCUCUCUAAGAACGAGAUCCUGCGCUCGGCCAUCAAGUAUAUCAAGCUGUUGACGGGCAUCCUCGAGUGGCAGCAGCGGCAGGUGCCGGCGCAUCCAACUGGGGGUCAGCUGGAGCCGAACAACAACGACAAUCGGGUAAUGAAUGGUCAUGCGGCGGAUGGGGAGCUGGAGAAUCCGGAUAUGCCGACAGUGCGGCACAUCAAGUGCGAGCGAACUGAUGGACAGCAGCAGCGAAAUGGGAAUGGGAAUGGGAAUGGAGGCAAUGACCUGCUCAUGAUUGCCCCGGGAGCAGUCAUCAAAAGUGAGCACCUCCUGGAGUCGGCACUGCCUCUGCAGAUUGCACCGCAGGCCAUGGUGGAAUCGCGCAUUUCAGGGACCGUAUCCGGCCUUAAGGCGGCUGGGAGUCGGAGUAGCAAGCGGCGCCUCAAGCCGGAGGGCGGAGUUACCGAUCUCAGUCUGGGCAAACACCGCCGGACGUAGUCUCCGGAAGAUGGCAUCUCCGGAGGAAUGGGUGCCGAAGCAAGGGGAGCAACUGUCGGCUAGUUUACUAUACUCAUAUAUAUACCAAUUUUUUUUUUUACCAAUAAAUUUAAAAGUUAAUAGUGCAAAU